AUGGCUCUUCCCCACGCGCGAGACUAUGUCCUUGCCGCAGAGAGCAAUCAGCAAGAGGCCGCUGAGAUUGCAAAGGCUGCGGCUCGGAGGCUCGAGGGCCGUCAAACUACGUUAAUCGAACUCGUCCAGUCGCUGGGCGAGUACAUCAAUGAUGGAGACGAGAAAAUCCGCGCCCGGGCCGUGUCCUACCUAGUCGCCGUUCUCUCAAAUCUACCGCCGAAAUACCUCUCCCGCCAACAAAUCCAAGUCUUGUGCCAGUUUAUGUGCGACCGCAUCGAAGAUGGAGGGGCCAUUGAGGGCUUGUCCAAGCUACAGAGCCUGGAGAGGUUCACGAAGGACAUGGCACAAACAGUUGUGAGAGCAAUCUUCGACCAUUUUGGCGAUUUGCAAACGAUAAAUCAAGCUGGUAGAUACCGAGUUCUCCAGCUCUUGAAUGAGCUUCUGGGCCACCAUCGCAAUGCCAUCAGGGAUAUGGGGGAUGAGUCUCUCGUGGGCAUCACUGACUUGGUUGCUGGCGAGAAGGAUCCUCGCAACCUGAUGUUGAUAUUCUCCAUGCUAAGAGUGCUCAUGGUGGAAUGGAAUAUCACGAACCACGUCGACAUUAUGUUCGACUCGGCGUACGCGUACUUCCCCAUCACUUUUCGACCUCCUCCAAAUGAUCCCUACGGCAUCACUGCACAGGAUUUGAAGGAAAGGCUUCGCGGCUGUCUGGCUUCCACUAGUGUGUUUGCACCUCACACCUUUCCCAACAUGUUGGAUCGGCUGGACUCGACCUCUACCACUGUUAAGAAAGACGUUUUGCAAACUCUUACCGCUUGUGCCCACAACUAUGACCCUGUAACAAUCGCCCAGUACUCGGUCACGCUCUGGGAUGCGGUCAAAUUUGAGGUCUUGCAAGCUCAAGAACCAGAACUAGCCGAGGAGGCGCUGCGUGUCCUGAAUGGGAUCGCAACCUCCUUGUCAUAUGUUGCCAACAACUCCACGAAUUCUCCUCUUCUUCAGUACCUGAACCCUAUCAACAAGGAAUGUUUGGAACACCUUCAAGAGCCAGCGUCACGACAAGCGAAAGCAUCUGGCGACAUUCUGCGGGCUGUAUCUUCGGCAUCAAUACAGUCGUUCGAUAUUGUCAUCAAAGCCAUUGGCCCGGCGCUCUUCACCAUAUACCAAUCUUCAGAAGGCUUAAUGCAACACAGGGCCACUUUGGAGGUUGCCAAUCAUCUCUUCGAGGCAGCUGUUGAAGUCUAUGGAUCAUGGACGAAGCCAAGCCAGAAGAAUCCUGAUGGUCGAGAAAAUUUGAUGGGCGAGUUCAAAGAUAAAUUUGUUGCCAUUUACAGUCAAGCCCUCAUGGCGACAGUCAAAGAAGAGGUAUCGUUUCGACUCACCGCGGCAAAUGGUUUACUGUUGGUAUCGAAGAUGAAUUCGAUGCUCACUGAUAAUGAAAUUGGUCUCUUGGUCCAGUAUUUCGAUGACAUCGUCUUAAAUGAAGAAUCUUAUGGUCGAGAUGAACUCAAAAAGAGGGCCAUGACGGCGUUAGCCGAGAUAUCCCGAUUCAAGCCUGCCCUCAUUUCCGACAUCACCUUCCCAGCAUUUAUGGCACGUUUACCAGAUUCCGAGGAAGACGCCCAACCGGCCGACUAUGAUUCCGUCCUCGAAGGAUUGGCCGAGAUCAGCGUCGAGAAGGAUUUACUGGGGACGUUGAUGAGACGUCUGCUAAACAAACUGGACAUUCUUUUCCAUUCAUACCAGCCAAAGGAUUUUCCGUAUACCCGUGCCAUCCUCGGUACAGUACUGUUCGUACUGAAUCGGGCUGUGGUCGAUCAAAAUGCGUUCCUCGAUGCAUAUUAUGACCGUGUAGUCAUUGGCCUAUGCAGGAAAGCUACAGAUGUGAGAACCGGUCCUCUCACAAAUGAAAAUAUUCUUGAUCUCCUGGGUCGAAUUGUCAACUUGAUUGUGCGACAUUCUACGGCAGAAAAUAUCCAGAAAGCUGCAGAGAACAUCUACCUCCUUUUCAGGGGCAUCAAGUUUGACGGCGAGACAAUCAGACCAACCCUGCUGUUCGAGCCUCCGGUAAUUACAAUCUUAUCCACAUGGCUUUUGGCGGCCAUGCCUAAAAAUGUUCAUUCACGGGUGCUGACGAGAGAUCAAAUACCUGGAAUUAUUGACGAUCUGGUAUGCUAUGCUUCGAAAUCGACCAAUAUUGCGAUCAUUCAAAGCUGCCUUCUCCAAAUCGCACUCUACGUCAACAAACAUAUCGAGACGGCCGAUUUACAAUUCAUCGACAAUCUUCUCUUCCAAAGGCUUUCCGCGCUCAGGGACGAACCGAUGGACGAAUCCGAGACCCCUGAUUUCAACAUUCGGCUCUCCUUCUCACUGAUCAAAGCUCUGACUGUGCGACUCUCUCCAAAGACAAAUCAAUAUCUCACGAGCCUCGUUGAUCUCCUCGAUCAGACUCAAUACCCUCGAGAGGUCUCCAGAAAAGCCGCAAUGGGUUUCGCCACCAUUCUGGCUUCCGACGAUGUUUUAUCUAAAAAUAACCUAGCCCAAAUCAGGCUUCUAGCUCCACAGUGUGUGUUCCAGACGUUGACACCACUCAUCUCUGAGAAGUUCAAAGCGUCACAAUCGCCUAGCGAGAAAGAAAACUAUCUCAUCGCGCUCAGCGGCAUUUUGUCCUCUGUGCCAUCGGAAAUUGUCAUGCCGGAAUUGCCUACCUUGUUGCCUCUUCUUCUACAAUCAUUGGACAUCGCCAAUCAAAUGGUCAAGAUGGCUACAUUAGAGACAUUGGCGGUGGUGAUAUCACAUAACCCAUCGGCAUUGGAAGAAAGCGGACAUAUUCCCGCUCUUGUGAAAAGGCUCAUUUCCGUGGCGGGUGGAUACAAAUCGAGUUCCGUCAAGUUACCGCCGUUCACAUCACCAACAACCGCCAUGUCUGCAGUUAAUCUUCCGAAAACCCGCCGUCUGGCAACACGCUGUCUGACCUUGAUGCCAAAGUAUAUCGUCACCGGCACAUCACGAGCAAAUCCACUGAUAGGACUCAAGCGAGAAGUCUUACACGGUCUAACCAAUGUGUUGGAUGAUGUGAAGCGUGAUGUAAGAAAAGAGGCCGUAGAUGCGCGGGCAGCGUGGCUAAGAGGAGUUGAUGAUAUGAAUGAUGACGAUGAUGAAUCAUAG